UUUCCAUCUGUCAGCUCAUAGAUAAGCAAACGUAUUCAUGUUCAUGGUUAUUAUUGUUUUGAAAACAAUAAUAACCAUAAACAAGACAUGGCUAACCGCGGUUCUAAACGUGAACGUUUUUACUUUUUUAAUAAUUUAUCAGGGUUAGUAAAAUCUUUAGAAAAAAAAUACAUUUUAAUUGAUUUACGCAAUGAUCUUGCUGUUGAUGGAAGAAUAAUUCAUGUUGAUGGUUUUUCAAAUGUUACAAUGGAGGACGCAAUUCUUAUCGAUACCUUAGGACAACAAACUUAUUUUGAAGAAUUUUUUAUACAUGCCAGAAAUAUUCGAUAUGUGCAUUUACCUGAAGAUAUAAAUGUAAAUGAGCAAUUAGAAUCGUUAUUGAAGCAGUUAACUUAUCGCAUGCCAAGAGAAAAUACAAAAGUUACUAAUCGAAAAAUAAGGGCGCUACAAAAACAUCGCGAAACUGUCCAGAAUUUACGACAUAAGUAA